GGCGGCUCUCUCUCCGAUCAUCUCUUCCAAACCUCAACCCUCGCCCUCUCGGCGGCCUGCGUUGUGGUAAUUUUUUUUUUUAUUUCUUGGUUCGAGAAUUUAAGGGUUUGUUAGCAUCCGCGAUUGGUUUCCGAAUUUAUUUUUGUCGUUGCUCUUGGGUAUUUGCUGAUGAAUCCUAAGGUAGGGUUUCGGUUUUUAGGAAUUCAGUACUUCUCGAUAUCAACAAUUCUUUCCAUUCGAUGCCUGUCGCUGGUUUUACGUAUUAGGUGCACCGGAAAUUAUUAGGGUUUUCUGAUCCUGGAGUUCUAUUAUUUAUUUGAUGAGGUAACCUUGAAAUUACUUUUGUUCCCUUAAAAUUUGAAGAAAAAUUAUUGGAAACUAUCAUCUUAGAAGUUUUCAGAUAAUGAUAACUCAGUUCGUUUGGUGCUAAAUUGCAUAUUAUGUCUAUGAUUUAUCAGAUUAUGAAUAUAUUAUUUUGGGUUAAUGAUUUCGUAGCGUUAGUUGCUCUCUUCAAUUUUCUCCAUAUUAGUUUUUUUACACACCAUGCAAUGCAGAACAGUUAGUAUCCUGUGACUUUUUUUCCUGUAUGUUCAUAUUUAUUCUAACUGGACCUCAUUCUUGGGUCCUAAAACAUCACGGCUGUAGUCAACUAAACCUGAUUUAAUCAUACACCAAAAUUUAUUGUGUUCCAUUGUUAUGCUCGACUUUAUUUGAUGACAUGUUUGUUUAUGUAAUGGUAUUAGGUUGAAUAUUGGUUUUGUAUUAGUAGAUUUGGUUUCAAAUUUAAUUAUUUUAGUUUGCUUUGGAUGAUUCAUUUUAAUUAUUUUUGUUUUGAUUUGAUUACAUGUGAGUUCAGUUGGUUUGGUUUAUUUGUGCAAUUCAUCUUGUUUAUGGAGGGAGGAAUAUAUAGAACCAAGUGGA